CCCUCACCAAAACCUGUACCCAGACAGACAUGUCACCUUGCAAGUCACUUCACAGUCAUGAUGCGAGGUAGCUUUUCAUUCUCCAGGGAGAAUUUUCACUAAAUACCGGACGUUUGAUAAUUUAAAUUUGAAAAUGAUCCGAAUCAACAACACCCAAUACUUCCACUUCCUGCAGCAGGCAGAUGCCUUACGUCGCUCAGGGUCGCUCUGUGAUGCCAUCAUCUCUGUGAAGAGUCAAACUUUCAGGGCUCAUCGGCUGGUACUGGCUUGUGCUAGCAGAAGACUCGCGCAGCAGCUAGCCCAGGCAGACAUAGACAGCCCAGUCCACUGCACUCUGGAGUAUUUAUCACCCCACACCUUCCAGCAAGUUCUGGACUUCACCUACACACAGACUCUUGAAGUGUCUGUGCAUGACCUGCACCUGCUGCUUAGAGCUGCUCAGUUGUUGGAGAUGCAGCCGCUGGAGGACCAGUGCCGGAAGCAGCUGGGCAAUCUCCACUACAGAGCCAGAGAGGAGGGCAAAAUGAGAGAAAUCAUAUGUGUCAAAGACGAAGAAGAAGAAUGUGGAGAGAACGAUCAAAAGCGAAAGGAAAGUCCAGUUCAGGAGGAGAAACUGAAAGAGACGCCUUCCCCAGUGGAGGAGGCAAGCGACUACAUUGUCAUGGAAAACCUCUCGCCCUCUGAUCCUGAUAAGAACUCCAACAGUCAGCCAUCCCCAAGAAAGAAGCCCAAACUCCCCCCUGUGUCAGCAACAUCCCAUAACAGAGACAGUGUUUUCACCAGGCCUGCCAGCAGCAGUUCCUCUUUCUCUUCUCCCUGGACAAACAUGUGGAGCUCUGUGAGCACCCUGAGGCGGUUAGCGAACUAUUCAAGCUUAAUUGCAACUCACCCCCUUCAGUCCCCAAACCAGUCCUCUGUAGCAUACCCAUUCUCCCUCUCCACCCCUCACAUGUUCCCUCUUCUCGGCUCUCAUUUUCAAACCCCUGUUCACAGCUCUGUAAUGGGUUACUCAGGCUUUUAUCCACAUUACACACAAAAGCUUUACACCAGGUCUACAGGGAUGAGGAACAUAAUCAAGCAAGGCCUGUUAAAAAGAAAAAAAAACAGCCAGAGAGCAUUUACUGGGACCGUUCAAACCAGUGAGCAAAGUUACCAUGAGGUACCCAAAGCCAGCAGAGAGAGAGUUAAAGACUGCAAACACUGCAGUACAAGCCUCCGUGUUGAUCCAGUGCUGCGGGAGUCAGCCUCCACACUACCAGGUGAUGCCUGUGCAGGGUGUCGAUUCUGUGGAAGAGGAGAUGUAGUUCAGCAUGAACCACAAUCCAAUCGACCAGACCACAGAGGUGAUAAACCCUACCAGUGCCAACACUGUCCCAAGAAGUUUAGUCUGAAACAUCAACUCGACACACACAUCCGUGUUCACACUGGAGAGAAACCCUUUGAGUGUCGUCUCUGUGGGCAGCGCUCACGGGACUACUCAGCCAUGAUCAAGCACCUGCGCACUCACGGCGGGGCCACACCCUACCAGUGCACAGUGUGCCUGGAGUUCUGCAAUAGCCUGGCCGCCAUGCAGAGACACGUCAAGAGCCACGCAGUGCAGGACUUCCCUCCUGACUGGAGCAUCAACAACACCUAUCUGUACAACUCACACAUGUGAGCCUCACAGCACAGACUCCUCUGUCUACACAAAGUUCUCACAAGUGUCGCUUUAGUUUGUGCCUCUCAUGUACCACCAAUAGGCCUACAUCUCAGUCACAGAGAUAAGCAUCUGUUUUUCUGAAGAAUACAUCCCCGAUGAUGUUUAUAAAAACAAGAAGGUCCUUUAACAACACUUAACACUCUCAAAGUUAUAACAAUAUUUGGAUCAACGACAGUUCAUAUCCAGGAUAAUCCCCAGAUUUUCCGCCAGAUGUCCCUCACCUUCCGUUCUUUGUGUUGCCGUUCUUAAACUUUGUUCUCUUCAGGAAACAAUCAGAACCUCCAAUCAGACAAGCUACACACUGAAAAUGGCAAGUUUUGAAGAAAAUUGGGAUCGUGCAACAAGGCAGGCCUGCUUGGCUCUUUCAGGGAAUGAUUGUAAAGAUUUACAAAGAAUAUGUUAAGGGCAUUUACUAUCUAACUGGGAUGUUUUGGGAUGGAUUGGCAGGGAUUUGUUAUGGACAAACUACACUGGUAAGAGCAAAUUAAGUUUAACCAUGUAUCCUGCUAAUUUAAAUAGCUCACUGGUCUCAGGUCUACUGUGUUGUGUGAACCGUUAACUUUAUUUAAUAUUGUAUGUGGCAUUUUCUUUUGCGGGGUGCAAAUGUUUCACCAAAACAAGUUCCUUCCCGAGACCAUUUUGAAGAGCCACUUUGUCUGCGUCUGGACCUUAGCGUUGCCCAGAAAGAAAUACAGAAACACAAGAAAUACAAACAACCCACAGCAUAUUUUUUUCCUAUCCAGGAAUGUAUUUGUGGAGGAGCCGGACCUUACUCCGCAGUGGAGAUAGGUCUGGCAAUGUGAGACUAUAACAAUACAUGAAAGGCACAAACUGGGGCUAUCACUGGUGUUGCAAUAACCUCUAUACAAACUGAAACGGCUCUGUAUUCACAUUUACAACUGUAGAAUAUAGAAAUGUGGGACUAAUUUCCCUUGACAUGUCAGAAAAGGUAAUGAAAGUGUUUACCAUUUAAUCAGGUCAUGUACAUGCAUUAAAGCCACAUCAACAGCUUCUCCUUGUGAAAUGACGCAGGCGCCAUCCCUCUUACUUUCAUACUUAUUGGAACUUCUUGUGAACAAAAGUCAGCAAAAUCCCAUAUAUGGUAACAUUAAACCAUUUUUGGAAGACUGUAUUUAUGAAACACUGACAAUAAGGAAUGUGGUGGAAGAAUAAAAACCUCACUGGACAGCUCAUUAAACUGCUUUGGUUCAUUGAGAUGAGAAUAACUGAGCUUUUGUAGGCAGCUAUGUCUGUCUAGCUAGUGACAAACUAUAGAGUAGAAUUUUCUUCUUUUUUUUAAUUCUUCCAUAGGUAGUUUUUUUGCAUCGUCAGUCACUGACCUAAUUCACUAGUUACAGUUCAAAGGCAUGAAUACUGAAUAAAUACCAAGUGGGGUUUGUUGAUUUGUACAGCAUUAUCUGAAUGUGUAUAGGGAAUGAAAUAAAUAAAUACAUGUUUAAAUCCUU